AUGCCUCCCCGUGCCUCCGCCGUCGGCGGUGCCGCACGCGGCUGGGCAUCGUCGGGCCGAGCGGCGUGGCAGCGCACGCGCGACAAGGCCGCGCGUCAGGGCGAGGCUGCCUCUGGGGCACCAGGCAAGGCAGCUCGUCCCGGCAGCGGCAGCAGCGCAGGCUGUGCCUCGUCUGGCACGGCACGCGCAUUCAGCUCCUACGCCGCCGCCACUGCGCGCCCCAGAGCACCGUGCGCCACCGUGCGCCUCGAUGUGGGCCUCCGCUCCGUCCUCGCGGCACUCAUGCCCGUCUUCAAGGGCGCCGUCCGUUCCUUCGUCAGCACGCCCGCCGUGCACAGCGUCAGCGCCAGCCGACAGGCUCUGCGCUCGCACACAUCGCACCUGGCUCGCACGCGCCCGUCGUUCCCGGGCGGCUUCACGCGCGGCGUGCCUCGCGGGCCCGCUGUGCCCGCACUGCGUCCUUCGGUGCAGCAGGGCCCCGGUCUUCAGCUGGCGCGUCAGUUCAGCAGCAACGGCACGCGCCCCUUUGCCGACAUUCUCAUCAAUGCGCCGCUCUUUAUCCGCGCCGCCGCCGACGAGCUGGAGGAUGAUCUCGAGGGCCUGUCCAAGUCCGGCGCUGCUCGUCGCGGCACGGCCCGCCGUGGCGUUCGUCGCUCUGACCCUGCGACGCACCGUCGUCAUGAGGCAAAGCUGGCAAAGGCCAUCGGCCAGUACUUCGCCCACUCCGACCCGUCGGCAUCGGCCUUCGCUUGCUCUAGCAAGAAGCCUGCCGCAGCCAAGCCGUCUGCCUCUGGCAUCGCCAAGGCCGCCGCUGCUGCUGAGAAGCAGGCCGAGACCGGCAUCAUCACCGAUGCCGCCGUCGCUGCCCUCGCCGCACACAACGACGACGAUGCCGUCUCCGAGGCAGGCUGGUCUGAGUCCGAGUACUCCGACUACUUCAUCGAGCCUCCCGAGUCGCCCACUGCCGGCCCCCACACGGGAGUCUGCACCAUCCUUCGUCUGCCCGCCGAGGCGGAUGCCGAUCUCGCCAUGCUCAUCGCGCCAGCUUACGACGAGUUCGACGCCUCUUCGCACCCGCUCGACGCAGCCACAGUGGCUCAGAUGCGUCUCAUUCAUGAUGGAUCAGCACAUCUCUGCCUGCUCAUCGACUCGCUCACUCGUCUGCUUGCCGCUCGCGGCCUCGAUUGUCCCUGGACACUGGCGCCCGACGCACGCGCUCUGCAUGGCGUAGCAUUCGAAGUCUCCUUUGAAGGCUGGACGAAGCCUGAGGUGCAAGGCAUGCUCGUCUCGCAGCUCGGACACGGCAAGGGCUCGCAGCUAGGCCGCUUUCUCUUCGAGCGCGCUUCAAGUCCUGCCGACGACGAAGCUGCGCAUGUAGGCUCGACGGCAUUGCAUUCGCCACCUAGUGCGUCGCUGGCGGAUCUGCAGGAGGACAUUGAUGCGCUUGGAGCGGCGUCGGCCAUCAGUCUGGCGCACUGCGAUGCUCCGCCCAUUGGCGCUGCCGCCUCGUCUCAGCGGAGCGUAGAAGGCCUGGGCAUCGAGAUGCCAACCGACUUCGUCAUUCCUCUCAUCCCGCUCGAUCACUCGUUGCUGCACUCGCACCUCAGCGAUGGCUCGUCGCUGGUCAUCUCGCCCGAACUCGCUUCGUCGCACGGCGACUCGAGCGGCGAGCUGUACGAUAGCACGGCGCACUGGGCCUGA